AUGUCGAUCAACAGCUCAAAUUCACAGAGUUGAGUCCAACUCGGGCUCACCGACGAUUCACGAAUGGGCCGCAGCUCGGCUAGUUCCGACGACGAAGAGAGCAACAAAAACCACGCCGUCAACUCAGAGGCAUUGCACUCGAUCCGCGACCGUUUUCGCUUCAAGCGGAACCCUAGUUCCAGUGGCUCCCUCCCGCGCUCCUUCAGGGCGCCGCCUUCAUCUGCGGAUCGGCAGUGGAAGGCGGCAGGCGGCGGGCGAUCUCACCACAACCGGUCCCUGACUAGGAGGAUGCUCAUCUUCUUCUCACUCAGAGGCAGAUCAUGGUUCUAUUUCUGUAUUUUCCUUGUCAUUUUUAUGUUUGCGUUGGCGUCUGUGGCGCUCCAGAGCUCGAUCAUGUCGGCGUUGAGGCAAGGCAUGGGGAGUGAGACGCGGCGUCGGCUGUGGCCAGUUAGGGAUGACUUGAAGUUAGGGACCUCGCUGGAGUUUAAACCUUCCCGGAGGUUUGAGUUCGGAAAUGGUUUUGCUCGGUGUCCGAGUCUGCCCAGGAUCGGAGUUCGGGCUCGCCGUAUUGGUCUAAUUGUAGGAAAUUUGAAGAAAAAUCCAUUGUCCUUGAUGCUGUAUACAAUAACAAAGUAUUUAAAGGAAUUGGGCUAUUUGAUUAAGGUAUAUGCUUUAGAGGAAGGCAAUGCAAGACCACUGUGGGAAAAAAUAGCUGAAGUUUCAGUUUUAGUUGCUGAAAGAUAUAGCUCUAUUGACUGGUCAAUUUUUGACGGUGUUAUUGCUGACUCUCUUGAAGAUAAAAGAGCCAUUUCAAGCCUUAUGCAGGAGCCCUUUUGUUCAGUGCCCCUCAUAUGGAUGAUUCAUGAAGACACACUAGCAAAUAGGCUUCAAUUGUAUGAGAGUAUGGGCUGGGAGCAUCUUAUUUCACACUGGAGGGUUGCAUUUCGCAGAGCUGAUGUUGUUGUGUUUCCAGAUUUUUCUUUGCCGAUGCUAUAUAGUUCGCUUGACACUGGAAACUUCUUUGUCAUACCCGGAUCUCCAAAAGAUGUUUGGGCAGCUGAAAGCUACAGUAGAACCCAUUCCAAAUCUCAGUUAAGAGAGGAAUAUGGUUUUGAUAAAGACGAUAUACUUGUUCUGGUUGUUGGAAGUUCAUUCCUCUACAAUAAGCUAUCAUGGGAUUAUGUUUUACCUAUGCGAGAGAUAGAACCGUUGCUAAUAAAAUACGUAGGAUUGAAAGAUAUGGGUGAUAGAGUAAAAUUCAUGUUUCUGUCUGGAAACACCACUGAAGGAUAUAAUUAUGUUUUGCAGGAUGUUGCUACCCGUCUUGGACUGCAUCAAGGAUCCUUAUACAACUAUGGUAUAAAUGGUGAUGUCAACGGUCUUAUAAUGAUGUCCGACAUUGUACUCUAUUCUUCUUCUCAAGAUGAACAAAAUUUUCCUCCAUUACUAAUUCGAGCCAUGGCAUACGGGAUACCUGUUGUUGCAUCUGAUUACCCUGUCAUACGUAAAUAUGUUGUUGAUGGAGUUCAUGGAAUGACAUUUACACACCAUAGUUCUGAUGCAUUGAUGAAGGCUUUCUCACUUCUGAUAUCUGAUGGAAAACUUACAAAACAUGCCCAUUCUAUUGCAUCUUCUAGUAGGCUGCUUGCGAAGAACAUGUUUGCAGUUGAAUGCAUUACAGGCUAUGCAAAUCUGAUAGAGAAUGUCUUCAAUUUCCCAUCAGAUAUGGCACCCUCAGGCAACACUUCUUUGUUUAAGAAACACAUUUGGGAAUGGUAUUAUUUUCACAAUGAUGAAAAUGCUAGUGAUAGGGAGGAUAGGGAUUCCAGUAAUCUGAAUGUUGUUUACGAACUCGAGGAACACAUGGGCAAUCUCGUUUCUCUGAAGAAUGUGUCUGAUGACAAUAAUGAGUCUCUAGAAGUGGAUUCUCCAACUGACUUGGAUUGGGGCAUUUUAACAGAAAUAGAGGGUUCUGAGGAAGCUGGCAGAUUAGAAAUGGAAGAGAUGGCGGAAAGAAUGGAGAAACACAUUGGUGAGUGGGAUGUGAUAUAUCGGAAUGCUCGUAAAGCUGAGAAGCUGAGAUUUGAAACAAAUGAGAGGGAUGAGGGAGAGCUAGAAAGGACAGGGCAACCACUGUGCAUUUAUGAGAUUUACAAUGGAGCUGGAGCUUGGCCAUUUUUACACCAUGGCUCUCUGUAUCGUGGAUUAAGCCUUUUGACGAAAGCACGAAGGCUGAAGUCUGAUGAUGUAGAUGCUGUUAGUCGCCUUCCGCUGCUGAAUGAGACAUAUUAUAGAGAUAUCCUUUGUGAGAUUGGAGGCGUAUUCUCAAUUGCAAAUGGAAUCGAUAAUAUUCAUAAGCGACCUUGGAUUGGAUUUCAGUCAUGGCGAGCCACUGGGAGGAAGGUCUCUUUAAGUAAAAGGGCAGAGCAGACUUUGGAAGAAGCAAUAAAUGGAAACACCAAAGGGGAUGUUAUAUAUUUUUGGGCACAUCUAGAUGUAGAUGCUGGGCUUGCACGAAGGAAUAAUGCACUUACCUUUUGGUCCAUGUGUGACAUCUUGAAUGGAGGAAACUGCAGGAAUUCCUUCCAAGAUGCCUUUCGCAGAAUGUAUGGAUUACCAUCACACUUGGAAGCGCUUCCACCAAUGCCCCAAGAUGGUGGGCAUUGGUCUGCCCUGCACUCUUGGGUGAUGCCAACCUCUUCUUUUUUGGAGUUUGUAAUGUUCUCCAGGAUGUUUGUCGACUCGCUCAAUGCUUUGAAUGUAAAUUCGAGCAACACAUCGGAAUGUGUGCUGGCAUCAUCGACACUUGAGAAGACUCACUGUUACUGCCGGAUUAUGGAAGUGGUAGUAAACGUAUGGGCAUAUCACAGUGCUAGAAAGAUGGUGUAUGUAGACCCUAACUCAGGCCUGUUGGAAGAACAACACCCCGUUGAGGAACGAAGAGGGCUUAUGUGGGCAAAGUACUUCAACUCGACUUUACUAAAGAGUAUGGACGAAGACCUGGCGGAGGCGGCCGAUGACAACGACCACCCAUACGAGAAGUGGCUGUGGCCGCUAACGGGUGAGGUGUACUGGCAAGGGGUUUAUGAGAGGGAGAGGGAACACAGGUAUAGGUUAAAAAUGGACAAGAAGAGGAAGACGCGAGAGAAACUGUUUGACCGGAUGAAAUAUGGGUAUAAACAAAAGACUCUUGGGGGCAGAUGAUAGGUUGGUUGUUUUAUACAAAAGAGUAAUUUUCAUCAAUGGUCCCUAGUUACCUGUGGUUAUCCAUAUUCUGUCCUCAAUUAUAAGAAAUUACAUAUAUGGUCCUCAUUUUUUUAAAACUAUUCCAUAAAUAGUCUUGUAGGCUGAAUAUGACAAUUUUUUCCACAAAUAGUCCUUGAAGGACCGAUUAUGGAAUAAUUUUCAAAAUUUGAGGACUACUUAUGUAAGAUCUUGUAAUUGGAGACUGAAUAUGGAAAAUUGCUUAUAAUUAGAGACUAUUUAUGGAAUUUACUCUAUACAAAAAACAAAGAGAAAAUCACGAGUUUUGGCGGUUAUGUGGGCCCCGAACCAUCGGGGCCUGCUCAUUUUUGGUACGCAAUUGUCGAAUGAUCCAUCAGGCCCGAUGGAUCGGCUUCGUUCGUUUUCUAACCACAUGACCAUUGGGUCGAGAUCGUAGGAUUGCCCGAGUUUUGAGGCGCGUCCAUCAGGGAACCAUUGCCACUUACUAAGUUCUUUUUUCUUCUUCACUUCCAGAUUGGGAAGUUUUGCACAUUCGAUUCUUUUAACAAUGUAAAUAUAUAAAUCUGCAAUAAUGGCGCUUCAGUUUU